ACCAUUUCUCUUAUCUUUCUCUUGUCUUCUUGGAGUAUUGGGAUCUUACACUACACCAAACAAACAACAACAACAACAACCAUAUCUUUGUCCUUAUUUGUAUAAUUUGUCCCAUUUUCAGCAAUUAACAAGGAAAGUAAAGUUUGAAUCUGAGUAAUAAUGGGAGACAGUGUAGGGAAAAGAACAUUAAUGAAUCUUAAGGUUCAAGUGUCGAUGAGAGUGUUAACCCUCGGCGCUGCACUGGCCUCCAUGGGGCUCAUGAUCACUAACCGUGAAGUUGCCUCUGUUUAUGGUAUUGCUUUUGAGGCUAAAUACAGCGACUCCUCUGCCUUUAGGUAUUUGGUGUUCGCAUAUAUAGCUAUCUCCGCCGUGACGUUGUUUACGCUUGCAUGGGCUUGUUUGGCUGUCCGUAGAGGAGGAUUUAUUUUUGCACUCUUCUUCUUUGAUUUGCUUAUGACGUUGACGGCGUUAUCGGCUUUCUCUGCGGCCAUGUCGGAGGGAUAUAUCGGAAAGUAUGGUAAUACACACGCCGGUUGGCUUCCGAUCUGCGGUUAUGUCCAUAAUUAUUGCAAUCGUACUACACUCUCACUCGCUUUGUCCUUCGUCUCUUUUCUACUCUUGUUCGUUCUUACAGUCUUAACUGCCUCCGCUGCUCGUCGUUCCUGAAUAUUUUCUUCACAUUUUUUACUAUAAAAAUUGCUUAUUCGUACUGUUGAAGUUCUUUUAAUCUUUCUUGUAUACUUAGAUUUUAUCAGAAGAAAAGCAUAAAAAGAAAUUAUAUUGAUUCCGUUUAUUUAUAUUUGAGACUCUUGUUACUUA